CAUAUACUAACUGCGGUUAUUAACUGCGAUGUCUCUACAUAUAGGCUUUACCUUAGCCUCGUAAUAUUAACAGUUUAUAUAUAUAACCAUGUGACCUAGUUGGGGAAUUACUUUUCCUGACAAAAACUAAAGAAAAACAAGAGGAGAGAAACUAGCAACUGAGUUGAACAAUCGGUGAUGUGAGGAGGAGUUACGAUUCCAGCCUAGUCAUAUUCCGAUUCAACAGAUUCUUCACAAUAAAGUCAGUACGUUUCCACCCCAUUUUAGUAUAAUUUCCGUCCCCGUUUCCUGUUAUGUUAUGGGGAUGAUGAACACCGUUUAGCCUUAGAGAUGUUUUGUGUGAUCUAAAAAUGUGUUCUUCAAAUUUAUAACAAUUAUUGAUUUAUAGUAAUUACAUUUUUAUUCAAUCUGAAGGUCAACUGGAAAUGAAGUAUAAUUAACCCCGAAAAAUGAAUAAUAUGAAAAUUAAUGAUUUAAUUACGAGAGUACAUGUUGUCCAGCCGUUAAUAUUUACUGGAAAUUUAUAAUAUGAAUGGAAUAUAUAUUAUACUAGUAAUAGAUUUAGAUAUGAAUGCAAGAAUUAUGUGAUGUAAGCUACGUAGUACCAAUUUAUGAAAUAACUAAAUGCUAUUUAGCGAGUGUUUAUUAUGUACGAAUCAGCCAAAAUUAAGAAUAAUAAUUUCAGAUAUUAUUAAGUGAUAAGUGAUCCUUUAAAUUUAAUCUAGCUAUAUAUUUAGGGUUAAAGGAUUACAUGUUUAUACACCAAGCUCCUAAGAACAUGCACUCGUAUUAAAUGUAUCUACUUGUUAUAUGUAUAAAUACACAUAUGAACUAAUACGGAAGUCUCAAAAGUACCGAUUUUUACAUGCAUGCACAUACUUAUUAAGUGUUAUGUACACAUAAUAGAAGUGGGGUGUACAUAUAUACAUGCAUGCUAAUAUGCUAUGCUAACAUCCAUAUAGGACAUAUGUGUAUUGCUGGGUAUAAGCAGUAAGUAUAUACAUAUACAUGUAUAUCUGUGUGCCACUAAUGUAAUAGAUAUUCCAUGUAUUGAGUGCUAAAUAAUCCUUCGAGAGUUCGAGUUAGAUCUCGCUAUACAAAGAAAGAGUUAAAAAUACGGAUAUGUGAUUAUAUUAAUAAUGAAUUUAAUAGCUGUUAAUAUAUGUAAUAUGUACAUAAAGUAUAACAUAUGUACGUAGGUAGAAUAUGCAUGUACUAAUACUCGAUUAGGUUGUAUGCAGUGGAGGAGUUAGGGGGGGGGGGGGCAAGGGGGGGCAAGCGCCCCCGCUCCGACUAAUUUUUUUUACUAGUAUUACUUAUAAUAUGUUUCUUGCCCCGGCUUCUUUAUUUAAAAACAAUAAGUACAACUUAAGGUUAUUUUAAGAUGAAGUGUUAAAAUAAAUAAAAAAGUAUUUUCAGAAAAAAUAAAAAAAAUGAAAUAUAGAAUAAAAGGGGAUUAAUGAGUCAAUGAGACAAAUGAGCAUCUAGUCUAAGUAAAAAAAACGGGCAUAAGUAGAAAAAUGAAAGAAAAAAAAACAAUUCUAAAGCCCAAGCCACCUAGGCAAUCCCAAAGCCUAAGCCCAAAAAUGAAAAAAAUAACAAUUCAAAACGUAAUCACUAAGGUCUAAAGCCAUUGUGUGGGUUAAAAAUUCAAAGCUUCAUUAACAAAAGAUCUAGGCAGUCGGCAAUCCCUUCCCACUCCGCCAAAAAAAAUGAAUCGAGCAGUUGAGAACGCAGGCAGGCAGCGAACGUGAGAACUGAGAAGCAGCAUCGCCCGCUCCCUCUCCGACUGUACUCCCCAACAGAAAUCUACCUUCCUUCUCCAGUUCUCCCCAUUUGUUCUCAGAUUCUGCAAUUUUCAAGAGUAUGAGACUAUGAGUUGAUGGAUAAAUUGGUUGAAAAAAUGGAGGAGCCCACUUGAUGAAGAAGGUAUUGGGAUUGACGAAUAUGUUGUCACAUUUCUUGCAACAAAAAGAUCAGAACAUUCUUGAGGCUGUGAGCUUGAUUAAAAGUACUAAAGAGAAGUUCCAAGAUUUGAGAGAAAGUGGAUGGGAAGAGCUAUUAGAAGAUGUCAGUAAAUUUUGUGUGAAGAAUAAAAUUGACAUUCUAAACAUGGAAGAUACAACUCAUUGUUCUAGACGCGUUCGCCAUCCGGUAACAAAUUAUCAUCACUUUCAAGCUGAUAUUUUUUAUCAGGUUAUAGACCAGGUCAAUCUGGAAAUGGAGAAUCGCUUUAGUGAGUCAAAUACAGAUUUACUCGCUUGUUUAGCUUGCCUUGAUCCUAAAGAUAAAUUUUCCAAUUUCUGUGAGUCAAAGCUACUCAGUCUUGCGGAGUUAUAUUCAUCUGAUUUUUCAGCUGUUGAGCAAAUGGAGCUUAAAGAACAACUCCAAGUUUGGAUAUAUGAGAUGAGAGAAAAUGAAGCAUUUUCCACUUUACAAAGUAUUGGUGAAGUGUCUAAGAAGAUGGUUGAGCUUACAAUUCACAAAUCUUUUCACUUGGUCUAUCGUCUUAUUGAGUUGGCUCUAGUGUUACCAGUUGCAACAGCCACAGUUGAAAGAGCUUUCUCAGCGAUGAAUAUUAUCAAGACAGAUCUUCGCAAUAAGAUGGGAGAUGACUAUCUUACGGAUUGCUUGGUAUGCUACAUCGAAAGAGACAUUUUUCAAGCAAUUGAUAAUGAAGCUAUUAUGCAGCAUUUUCAAAAUAUGAAAACUCGUAGGAUUGAUUUGCCUAGGUUGCAGAAGUAAAUCAAGUAGUAUGUAAUGAACUAUAAUUUUUUGUUAAUUUAUUACGCUAUUGUUGUUCUUAUUAUAUUUUGGACACGCACUUUAAAAUUUUUAGUCUUUGGUUUGCCCCUCCUUGGACAAACCUCUGGCUCCGCCACUGGUUGUAUGUGACUUGAUAUGUGAUGUUGAGAUGAG